AUGUUAACCUUUGUUGUGUUCUUGCUUUGUGCAGCCUCCACUGUCUCAGCCUCUGCCAAAGGUGCCGCUGGACCACGGCUGAACAACAACCAGCUGUACAAAUUCAGUUACACCACCGAUGUGCUGUUGGACAGGACCCGGGGGUCAAAAGAGGGCAGCGCUGGCUACAGGAUCCACACUGAUGUGGAUGUCAGCCUGGUCUGGAGAGACCCGAGCAGCAAGGAUGAACAACUGAUUCAAUUUGUAAUCUCAAAUGUGAGGUUCGAGCAUGUGUCCCCUCGAUCUGAGAAAAAGAACAUCAUCCAUGGAUCCACAGCAGAAAGCCUCAUGGGAAAGACCAAACUUGCAGCUUUGACAAAACCUUUCUUGGUGCAUCUGAAAAAUGGAAAGGUGAAAGCGUUUUAUUCUUACUGGACUGAGCCUGCGGUCAUCAAGAACAUAAAAAGAGGAGUUGCCAGUUUACUGCAAGUACAGCUCCAUACCGGGAAGGUUAUAGAGAAUGACGUGUCCGGAAGGUGCACAGUUGAGUACAAGGCAGUUAAAGGUCAAGUAACAAGAACCAAGAUCCUGGACACAUGCAGGACACCAGAGACUGGAUUCACCACACAUAUUCAGGUUUUGGGUGUGAGCAGGAAGUCUAGUUCUGUUACAGUUUUCACACUUGAAGAUGGUUUCAUCCGCUCGGCCGUGGCUGAAGAAACACACUUGCUGGUUCUCCGCGCCCGUAGAUCUACUGCUACGAAAGUCGUGUCCAAGCAAACCUUCACAUUGGUGGGAACAGAGGCAGGACCACUGGAGGCUGCUGGGAAAGAUGUCACUGAGGUUGUCAAGUCCAUCGACGCCAAACUGGCAGCUGUCGGUAUCGUUGCAGAAAAGGUCAAAUCCAAAUGCAAGGGCUGUCCAUCACUUCUUGAACACUGGCAGUCUCAACAGAAGCUGCUGGAGCCAACGAGCCUGUCCAAGGCCUCGGCUCCUCGCAGCUUCUUGGCCCUCAUCCAGAGUAUUCGGAAAGCGUCCAAGGACGAGAUCCUCAAAGUGCUGAAGAGUGCCAGCAAGACAUCUCUACCUCAGGUUGUGGACGCAGUGACCUCCUCUCAGACUACUGCGUCUCUGGAUGCUAUGCUUGAGUUCUUGAACUUCACAGAUGCCAAAAGUUUUGUUCUGCAGGAGAGGUUUCUCUAUGCAUGUGGGUUUGCCUCACACCCCAAUGAGAGAAUGCUGCGGGCUUUGCUGGAUAUUUCUAAGGGGAAGAUCAGCAAAAUUGACAUUAAAGAGUCAGUGGUGAUCAUUAUGGGAGCGUUAGUCCACAAGCUCUGUCAGAAAGGAGGAUGCAAUUUGCCAACAGUGGUUGAGGUAAAGAAACUGAUUUUAAAUGGUCCUGACAGCACAAAAGUGGAGUCUGAGGUCCAGAUGUACCUUUUGGCUCUAAAGAACUCUUUACUACCGGAGGCCAUUCCCAUUUUUACUAAGUACGCAGAGUCAGAGGUGGGAGCUUACAGCACUAUUGCCCUCACCGCCCUGCAGAGAUAUGAUGUCAGUCUCAUGACCGAUGAGGUGAAAUAUACCGUCAACCGGGUUUACCACCAGAAUCGCAGGAUCUAUGAGAAAAAUGUGAGGGCUGCUGCUGCUGAUGUCAUCCUCAGUAGCAACCCCUCGUACAUGGAGAUCAAGAAUCUGCUCCUGUCCAUCGGAAACCUGCCUCACGAAAUGAACAAAUACAUGCUGUCGAAGAUCCAGGACAUCCUGCGCUUCCAGAUGCCUGCAAGCAAAGUUAUUCAACAGGCUAUGAGGGACAUGGUUUCCUACAACUAUGACCGUUUUUCAAAAGUUGGGUCAUCAUCUGCUUUCUCUGGAUUCAUGGCACAAUCGGCUGAUGUCACCUCCACGUACAGUUUGGACAUCUUGUAUUCAGGCUCUGGAAUCCUGAGGAGAAGCAACAUGAAUAUUUAUGGUGCUAGUAAAGGAGCAACGCUGCAUGGACUGCAGGUGGCAAUCGAAGCGCAGGGUCUAGAGUCGCUGAUCGCUGCCACACCUGACGAAGGAGAAGAAGACCUGGAGUCAUUUGCUGGGAUGUCGGCUCUGCUGUUCGACGUCCAGCUGAGGCCGGUGACUUUCUUCAAAGGUUACAGUGAUCUCAUGUCCAAAAUGUUCUCCAUGUCCGGGGAGCCUAUGAAUGUAGUGAAGGGCCUCAUCCUGCUGACUGACCAUUCUGAGGUCAUCCAGCUGCAGUCUGGGCUGAAGGCAAAUGCAGAGUUUCAAGGAGGGUUAGCCAUCGACAUCUCAGGAGGAAUGGAGAUCAGUCUUUGGUACAGGGAGUCCAAGACCAGUGUCAACAACAGGGGAGCAUUAGUUGUCACUGGAAAUGUUACUGUUGACAUGGACUUCAUGAGGGCUGGUGUGGAGGUCAGCUUUGAAACAGAGGCAGCACUGGAUUUCAUCACCACUGUCCAGUUCUCCGAAUAUCCUUUCUUGGUGUGCAUGCAGAUGGACAAAGCCACAUUUCCAGUCAGCGAAUAUGUGACCAAAUAUGAGGGCUUGCUAUCAGGGAAGAGCGCCGUGUCGCAUAAAAGCAGGAAGCAGCGCGUCCCCGGCUCUGAAUUCCCCCUCCAUCAGGAGAACUCGAACAUGUGCAAGAAGGUUUUUGGCUCCAGCUGGUAAAGGAGAAGUCAUGAACUAUCCAAGAGGACGUCUGGUUCUUACUGUAUGUGCAGAUUUUCAGAUCUGCUCAGUUGUGUCACUCGUUGCAUUCAGGGACAGUUGUCACACCUCAGCCUCAACCAGUGAAACACCAUCAAAGAAAAAAUGGUGAAUGUUUUUUUUAACACAUGCAAAGUUUACAUUCAUGUGAGUAUUUAAGUCAUUUAAAUUUUACGUUUUUAUCAGGAAAUCAGGAAUUCUUGCAUUGUCUUGUCAUGUUUUUUAAAUGUAUUUAUGAUGGGUUUGAUGGAUAAUACGCAGCAUCAGUAGUAACACUGUAAUUUCUCCCGAUACAUACUUAGUAAAGUAAUUCACACUGGAAGAUGUGGAUAAAGUGUCUCCUUGAAUAGAAAUGCUCCUUUCUGUUUUUUAAUUAAAUGUGUUUACUAAAGAGGAGCGAUUUAUUAUUGUGUAACUGUAUGUGACUGCAUCACUGUUCACACACAUGAAAUAACUUAUGUACUGGACAAAUGAAAUCAAAUACUUAAAAUUUCAUAAUCACACUGGUAAUUUGUACAUGUUCCUAGAGAGACGGUAUGUGGAUUAACUUUACUUUUGUAUCAACACUUGAAUUUUUUUUUUUUUUUUUUUUUUUUUUUUUUUUGUAUGUAGCUGUAAUUGCUCUGUACCUACAGUAUGUCUGAAAAAGUUUGGGUACUGCUAAGUCUUGAAAGCUUAUCCAAGCCUGUGUUUCUAUUUGUAGAAGUCAGUUUCUCAGAUUUGAAACUGGCUGAAAAUAAAUAUACACUGGAAACAUUUUGCCUUUUGACUAAGGAAUUCAACUGCACAAAUGUAG